AUGGAGUACCUGGACGCAGCUCGCCGCUCGGCGUGGGCCGUCGGGUACCUGGUGGCGGGUCUCGGCGUGCUGCUCAAGCUGCUGGGCGACGCCUACUCGAACGCGCUGGACGUGUGCGAGAUGUACCCGCAGUUCUCCUUCCACGAGACGCUCGUGGAGGAGCUGGUCAUGCACCACACGACGCUGCCGCUCGUACGCGCGCACGUGCCCACGCUGCAUCUGCUCGGAGCCUACGUCGUCGUCUACGCCGCCAAACACUGGGGGCUGCUGGACCGCGGCUGGCCGCUGCUCGUGGACCUGCUCUCGGGCCGCUGUCUGUACCACCAGCUCUUCGAGGACGACGAUGACGCGUACCUGGAUGACGUCCCGCCGCCGCCGCCCGUGGAUCAUGAGGCUUGCAACGAGGCGCUGGCUAAGCUGGUGCAGGUCAAGAUGCAACAUGCCAACCGCACCAUCCCGCGGCCGGACGAUUGGCUCGUGUUCGACCCCGUGCAGGAGAAGCUGUAUCGCUCUCGCGCGAACAGGAACCUAUAGGAGACAACAACGAUCCUGCAGCAGAGUUGAAGCUCGCGGACGCAGAUGCAUGGGAAGGCACAGCGGAGCUGGAGCCGCAAAGCGCCGGGGUUAGGAAACGAUUAUAGACACCCAUCCAUCCAUGCAUUCAACCGUGCGAGUUGGCCAGCACAAGUAAGUAAAUAAGCCGCUCUCUCGCCUG